GAUCCAGGGAUCGAAUGCGCACAUGUGUAACGCCAGCCAAUGUUUACAAACAAGGCAAGAUGGCGGACGUGGUGAGCGAGGAUACUCAGGGCAAGACUUACGCUGACAUUCAGGGCCUCCAGCCUUGGGUCAUACACCAGCUCGGGGAACUCAAGAUUCACCAGCCAACCCCCAUUCAGUAUCAUUGCAUCCAGCCUGCACUUGAGGGCAGAGAUGUCAUUGGAGCAGCAAAGACUGGCUCAGGGAAAACCCUGGCUUUUGUUAUACCCAUCUUACAAAAACUAUCAAUUGACCCUUUUGGAAUUUAUGGCCUCGUACUAACACCCACACGGGAGCUCGCUUUCCAGAUAGCCGACCAGUUCCGGGGUCUUGGAUCACCAGUAUCACUGCGUCUGAGUGUGGUGGUGGGAGGCCUGGACAGGGUGGCUCAGUGCGCAGAAUUGAAUCAGUCCCCACAUAUAGUUGUAGCCACUCCUGGAAGACUGGCAGACAUAUUGGAAACCUCACCAGAAUUAACACUCAAAAGGAUAAAGUUUUUAGUUUUAGAUGAAGCUGAUCGUUUGAUGGAUGGUAGGUUUGACACUCAGCUACGCACUAUAUGGGCAUCACUACCAGAAAAGAGACAAACUCUGCUGUUCUCUGCAACCAUUACAGACAGGCUCCAGCGAAUGAAGGAACUGGCAACAUCUGAGGUAUUUCUCUGGCAGUCAACAAAUACACAGGCAACUGUUCAGCAGCUGGACGAACGUUAUGCUUUAGUCAAUCCUAUUGUGAAAGAUGCUACCAUGAUUGCUACGGUUGUUCGGCAAAUUGAACAGAAACCGAAGGGUCUCAUAUUAAUUUUUACCGAUACAUGCAAGAACACACAGGUGCUGAGCAUGUUGCUAAACUCCUUGAGCAUAGAUUGUGUGGCCUUACACUCCAUGAUGUCCCAGAAAGAAAGACUCUCUUCUCUAGCACGCUUCAAGUCAUCGCAAGUAAAGGUCCUCAUUGCAACCGAUGUUGCAAGUCGAGGGCUGGACAUUCCCCUGGUGGAGCUAGUAAUCAAUCACAACAUCCCUAACCUUCCCAAGAACUACAUUCAUCGUGUUGGUCGAACAGCUCGGGCUGGCAGGGCCGGUCAGGCCGUUACCUUCAUCACGCCACAUGAGAUCAAGAUUUUACUAGCUGUUGAGGCAGAAACACGAAGGAAAUUGAUGGAGCUGAAAGUGGAUGAGGCUGGGGUACGGAGGAUCAUGAAGCAAGUCAAUGUAACUCGCCGGGAGCAAGAGAUCAAGCUUGAUCAGACUGACUUUGAUGAGCGUCGGAACAUUAAUAAACGCAAACGGCUCAUCUUGGAGGGCAGAGAUCCUGAUGAGGAACAAAAGAAGAAGCAUAAACACUUGAAAAACCUUAGAAAGGCUGAGAGGCAAGAACGAACAGAGUUACUCAAACAGUUGGAGAAGAAAAAGAAAAAACAGAGAGAGAAGACAAUUGAAAGAGCUACAUAGUUGAAUGUUUUCCCAAUAUAAUGUGUUUUUUAUAAUACUAAGGAGAACUGAUGAUACUUUAGUUGCUCAUUAGAGUAAUAUUGUUAUAAUUAUGAUAUAAAGUUGUGGAAAUGGCUAUUGCAAAAACAUUAUUUUUUAAAUAAAAGAAAAAUGGAUAUUGUUAGAACGUUUUCUUGUCAUUGGUGUAAGUAAUCGGUUUUCUGUCAGUCCUAUACAGCAAGACAAUGGUUGCAAAAUUUCUGAACAGGCACAACCCCUUAACAAGCAUGAAGUUCUGUUGUUUGAAUGAUAAUCUUUCCAGAGUUAAAUAUUAGUCAACAUAAUUUCUUGAGCAGGAAAAAACAAAGGAUCGCCUUUGUGAGACACCAAUAAGCAUUAUAUCAAAGUUUUAGAAGUAAAUUUUCAUACAAAAUGUAAGGAAGAUAGAGAAAUACAUAAUUAAUUUUCAUUUAUUUCAAAUAACAUAAGAGCAUACAAGAUGGGGGCAGCAAUAACAAGACAAGACUGAGAGGAAGGUGUGUGUGUGGUCUGGCAGGACUGGGCUUUACCCUUACAUACCAACUCCCAUUUCUUCAUUCCAUUAAUGAAAGUUUUAUUGCAGUAUUCAUGUAGCCCAAAGUAACCCAGAAUCUUUUCCAUUACACUGUAUUGCACUUGAUAACAAUGUUCUAAAUGUUAGAAUGUUUAAAAAUUCCUGAAAAUUGAAUAUUGCUUACCCAUCAUUUUCUAAUGUUAAAAUACUCUAGUACAAUACAUUGUUUUAUGUACCUUAUUUUUCUCCCUGGUUCCUGACCCAUAUAAACACACUCAAUAAA